AGAUAGAGAAGUGAAGGCAAAAUGCAUACGGCUCAUAUGAGCGAGUCGACUCUUAGUGUUCUCAGUGUCAGUUUGAAGAGCCGUGUAAAUGAGCCGACUCGUUCGCGAACCAUACCUCACUAUAACAGGGAAGAGUUAAAACGGCCUAGUAUGAGCAAGAAGAUUGAUUCCUGUCUGUGGACUUCUGUGCCUCAGAGUUCUCCUGCACCAUGUGACCGCUAUAAGCAUGCUAUUUGUGCUUAUAAUGGGAAUGUUUACCUACUUGGAGGUAGAUGGAAGCACUCAUUAAAAGAUUUCUGGAAAUACAAUGUGGUGUGUAACAAGUGGAUCAAGUUGGACUGUGACAGUGACAAUGCACCUGAUGAACUGGAGGAACACAGCAUGGUGUCUCAUCAGGGUGUCCUCUACAUAUUUGGAGGCUUAAGGGAUUCAGCAUAUUCUGACACAAAAACCCCUCUAUGGUUGUUUGACACAGCUAAAGAACACUGGUUCUUCAUAGAAGAGCAAAGUCCACUUGCUCAGAAUGUGGCACCAGCCAACAGAAAGGGACACAGUGCUGUUGUGUUGGGAUCUUCAAUGUUUAUUUAUGGAGGAUACAUUGACAUGCGAGGGACCUCACAGGAGUUCUGGAAAUUUAACUUAGACUCCAGGUUAUGGUCACUCUUGAGUAUUGCACAAGUGGGUCCUGGACCUCGGCAUAGCCACUCUGCUAUAACCCAUGAGGACUGCAUGUACCUGUACGGUGGUCUGCAAGGUUUGAAGGAGCAGAGAGACCUGUGGAGAUGGAGUUCCUAUGACCAUACUUGGACCUGCAUCAGAACCUUCUCAGGACCCUCUAAACUUAUGGGACACUCAGCUGUGGUGUACAAAGACAGCAUGCUGCUUUUUGGUGGAGGAGAGACCCAGACUGCUCCCACUAACUGCUUGUGGAGUCUCAAUCUUACAACACGUAUGUGGGAGAGGCUGCCUUCAUUGCCUGCAUCCACUGCCCCAUGCCGGAUUCACCACUGCAGUGUGGGUCUUGGGCCUAAAUUCCUGCCCAGACCACCAAAUAAUACUAGUAGUAAAGAUAUCUCCAUCUCAAAAAGUAAGGACAACACAUUCAGACCCUUUAAGAACAAAUGUUUCCCUUCUAGUCCCUUAAACUGGAAGCCUGAGGAGGACAUAGAGCUACAGAGCCUGUCUGUCAGCUUAAAAAGUACUCAGACAUACGAGAGCUGCCUCACCUUUGAAAACCAAGUUGCUCAAGGGAACAGGUACAGUGAGCACUCGGAAAAUGAAACAGAGGACACUAUACAGGUCCCAAUGCCUGACUUGCUCCUUAUAGUGGGAGGUAAACCUCUAAAAGACCAAGCUGCCAUUUCAGUGUGGCAAAUGACUCUGGGAGACUAGCAGAGAUAUGGUGAAAAGUUCUAUACAUGCAAAUGCUGCCUUCUCAGAGAGAAAAAUGAAUAGCCUUAAUCAUCCUUUAUGAGGAUAUACAUUAUUUAUUUCUUGGAGCAUCCGCUGGUGCAUUAGUGACAUUCUGAUUUAUUACUCUGAUUUAAGUAGUGUUGUCUUGUAUAUUUGUCCAAAAGAAUUAUUUCAGAAAUGCAUGUAUAUAUGUGCGUAUGUAAAUGUAAUGUGUAUAUGUAAAUAAAUGUAAUUACACCUUUUA